AAGUGCGAAAAACGUGUUUCGAGAAAUUCUUCGGUCAGAAAAUUUUCUGAGCAAAUGGGGAAGAAUGAGCAAAUAUUUUUAGCCAAAUGCAGGGACCGAAUGUACGAACUCACACUGUUGUAACGAAGGAUUCUACAGAAAUUGCACAUAAGUUUAAGCGUCGGCUCGAAUUUAUUAAUUAA